UGCCGGUCCCCGUAACCACGACCGAGUCCAGAUUUGAAGAAGAAUAUCACUUUUGUACAAGUCAAGUGUGCUAACAAGUAUCUAGGAUUUAGUGACCCCAUCUGACCUCCACGAUGACCUGGCGUCUCUUUAUCCUGUCCAUACUUAUGGGUAUGACCCUGUUCUUGGUGUGGAACAAUUACCAAGCCACUGGCUCCAUCUCCAAGAGUUUCAACAAGUCCUGGAGGGACGUCUCCAACGCCGAAGUGGUCCGAGAGGCCCAAAAGGCAUGGCAGAAGUCUUCUCGUCAGUCCUCAUUGACUUUCAAGAAAUUCAAGGAUGGUAGACUAAUGCAGGAUGCUGUCAAAUUUGUAGAUAAAAUCACCCUGGCGAUAUUUAAUGUUAAAACUCCUGAUUUAUUAGCUGAAUUACAAAAGAUGGAGAAGACUGUCCUGGAUGCUGUCCUCCUCUUUGUCUGGGUGAUGACGGGAUACCUAGGCUAUCAUUACUUUUCAUCAGGCUUCACUUUCUUUGUCAUGGCAACCUCACUUUUGGUUCACGCCCUCUAUGGUCCAGCGUGGUGCAUGUAUGAACUUUUUGUAUUCCUAGGUCUUCUGGGUUUCAUUGUCUCUUUAAUCACCAACAACGCCGUUUUCACCGCCUUCCUCCUUUCCGGCUUCUACAUGGUUUACGCACUCUGGAGGUUCGUUGGGCCCAGUGACGGCAACCGACUAGACCGGAUAGAAGCGAGAAUAGCCCACGUCCAGCACGAACUCAACGAUCUCGGCAAACAGCUAUCCAUCAUCGAAGAUAAGGUGGAUCUAGUCCGUGCUUCUAAACGAGAGUCCAAGUAGUUAAGGUGAUGGAAUAACAAACAGCGGGAAAAGGAGGGGGGGGGGUGCUUGAAUGAAAUUCCAUUAAGUCACAUGAUUUGAAUAUUUUCUUACAGAUAAAUGGCGCUAGACGAUUGCUGUUCAUCAUCAUCUUUUAAAGUAAAUUAAUAUCAGGGAGAAGAUAACCAAGUUUGAUGAAAAGAGAUGGCAGGGAUAGAGAAAGUAAACAAGUUACGAAGCUUUGGAAAGUCUCAAUGAACUUCCUGUGGAGAUUCACAAAUUGGCAUUGUUCCAGUUGCCUGACUUAUUCCACCUCAUAAUACCAAAUAUUUCUUCAUUUAAAACAAUGUUUGAGAUGAAUUUUGACUCAAAUCAUGAAAUAAUCAUUUGAAGUAUUAGAUUGUGCUAGGAUUAUUGUACAAAUUACCAACCAGUAUGCUGUAUCGACGGCAGGUUUUACAUGUAGAAACGUAUUUCGAUCUGUUUUGUUUUUACUUUAAAUGUUGAUAUACAUAUAUUCUUUUACAAGAAUGGAUUUAUCUCAAUCAUUAAAUUUCAAAUCUGGAUCAAUUUGUAAAAUAUGUGUGUGUCCAUUGGAUGGCAUUGAAUUUGGUGUAAUUUCUGAACUUAUUGCCUGCGGCCCACAAUAUUUUCAGGUUGCAUUUUACACUUUAGUUUAUAUUGUGCGUAUAAUCAAGAAAAUUCACAAUAUUCCAUCUGUUUCCAGAAGGAGAGAACAGGGUUGAUGUGUUGAUUAUUUCUAUACAAUAUCGGUAGAGGCAGAUCAGGGGGGGGGGGGGGGGGGCAAAGGGGGCCAUAAGGAAUGAUUUUUUUUAUCUUAAAAAUUGAUGGGAAAAUGCUCCUUAGCAUGGAGAUAACCCUUUUUUUAAACAUUAUCCCCCUCCCAUUAAUAGACCCUGGAUACACCCCUGAAUAUCAGCAUGCCUUCCUCCAAUGUAGAACAGAAUGUUAGAAUUAGACUCUUCACUACUACUCUGUCUAGUAGCUUUAUUUUGCAGUUUGGUUUUGAUGAAAAGAUGAAAGACUCCAGAACUGUGGUUUUAGUUUCUUUUU